UGAACACAACAGACGUCCCAGCAAUAAUCUGAAUCGCUAACUUCCCCAUCACUUCAUCACCCCACCCCACCCCCCCCUUCCAUUCUCCUCUCCACCACCAAUAACUAUCACAAAGUUGCUGCUUCCUCGGGAGCUCCGAACGCCAGGCAGUGCUGUGUGGAAGUUGUGAAGGGGGUUUGGGGGACGGCUGCUGGCCGCUCGCAUCGCUUCCUGUCGCGGUUUGAGAUAGCUUUCUGAAGGUCCUGUGUCCUCUUCCUUCCCAGGACUGAUGUUACUGAGGAAUGGGUUGCAGAUGUUACUCUCUGUCCUCCUGGCGCUCGGAGUCAGGAGCCAGUCUCUCGCUGUUCCUCGGGAUAACGAAGCAGUGUUUGACCUCUUCGCCAUCAGCAAUGUGAACAAACACACUCCGGGAGUCAAGCUGUACCGAGGUCCCGAUCCCAGCAAACCGUCUUUCCGCUUCUCCCGGUUCGACAAGAUCCCGGCUGCCUCUGGCGACCAGCUGCAGGCCCUGGUCCGCCUCAUGAACUACCAUGAGGGCUUCAUUCUGCGGGCCAGCGUGAGACAGGACAGGAGGAACCGGGGCACGCUGCUGCUCAUCCUGGGACCCGGCUACAAGCGCCAGCUAGAGAUUGUCUCCAACGGCCUGGACAACACCCUGGACUUGCAGUACUCGGUGGGGAACUCCCAGAGCCUGGUCUCCUUCCAGGAUGUCGACAUUGCUGACUCCCAAUGGAAAAACAUCACUGUCCACGUCAAUGGGGAGAAUGCUUACCUGUAUGUGGACUGUGAGCUGGCAGACAGCUUUAUCCUCGAUGACCCCUUUUACGAGCAACUCAGUGCGACCAACAGCAAACUCUAUGUGGCAAGAGGACUGAACCCAAGCAAGAACUUCAAGGGCUACUUGCAGAAUGUACAGCUAGUAUUUGGCUCAUCCAUGGUGGAUAUUCUCCAGAGUAGCGGUUGCCUUCAGAUAGCUGAGGCAACCAACAGCAAAGAAAACCAAGAAUUUGCCGGGGUUAGUCCUGCCAUCAAGACCGAUUUCAUCGGGCACAAAACCAACAAAGUUGUGGAUUUCUGCGACCACUCCUGCAGUGACAUCGGAAACAUGUUCAAGGAGCUACAUGGAUUGAGGGUUCUGGUCAGCAACCUGGCCGACGGUUUGGUCAAAGUGACUGAAGAAAAUGUAAUCAUUCGUGAUAUUCUAGAUGAGACUUUAAAGAAAGUGCCACCAGGACAGUGCUGGCACAGCGGACGCCUCUUCGACAAUGAGGAGGAAUGGACCGUGGAUAGCUGUACCAAAUGUACCUGUCAGGAUUUCAGCAUCAUCUGUCGGCGAAUUACCUGUCCCCCAGUGUCCUGUGCCAACCCGUCUUUCACUGAAGGAGAGUGCUGCCCCUCCUGUCUCCUUAACGACAGUAAAGACGGCUGGUCACCUUGGUCUGAGUGGACAGAAUGUUCUGUAUCAUGUGGCACUGGAACACAGCAACGGGGACGGUCAUGUGAUCCCACGAGCAGUCGCUGUGAGGGCCCCUCCAUCCAGACAAAAUCCUGCCAGUCGGCAGAAUGUGACAAUCGGAUUCGUCAGGAUGGUGGCUGGAGCCACUGGUCCCCCUGGUCGCCGUGUUCGGUCACCUGUGGUGAUGGCAUUACCACCCGCAUCCGACUCUGUAAUUCGCCGGUGCCACAGCUCGAUGGCCAGGAUUGCCAGGGAAACGGACGGGAGACAAAACAAUGCAUGAAAGCUCCAUGCCCCAUUGACGGUAACUGGAGCCCCUGGUCCCCAUGGUCAGUCUGUACAGCCACCUGUGGAGGGGGAUUGCAUGAGCGCAAAAGGACCUGCAAUAACCCCGUACCCAAGUAUGGAGGCAAGAAGUGCCUGGGGGAUGCCAAGGACACUAAAAUAUGUAACAACGACCAGUGCCCAAUCGAUGGAUGCCUGUCCAAUCCAUGCUUCGCUGGGGUGGAGUGCAGCAGUUCCCCAGAUGGCUCUUGGGAUUGUGGGCCAUGUCCUCCUGGUUACCGGGGCAAUGGGACAUUCUGCGAGGACAUCAAUGAGUGUGAAGAAGUCUCUGAUGUUUGCCACCAAGUGAACGGAAUUCAGCGGUGUGUCAAUACAGAGCCCGGGUUUCACUGUCUACCCUGCCCACCGCGUUACCGAGGGAACCAACCGUUUGGUCUGGGAAUCGAAGCCGCCAAGACCGACAAGCAAGUGUGUGAGCCCCAUAACCCGUGUAAGGACAAGUCCCACAACUGCCACAAUUUUGCCAGGUGUAUCUACCUGGGCCUGUUCAGCGAGCCGCUGUACAGGUGUGAUUGUCGGAUCGGAUAUGCUGGGGAUGGCAUUAUUUGUGGAGAAGAUUCUGAUUUAGAUGGCUGGCCCAAUGAAGAGCUGGCUUGCACAGCCAAUGCUACUUACCACUGUAACAAGGAUAACUGUCCUCACCUGCCCAAUUCCGGACAAGAGGACUUUGACAGGGAUGGCGUGGGUGACGCCUGCGACAAAGACGACGACAACGACGGCAGAAACGACGAGAGGGACAAUUGCCCUCUCCUGUACAACCCUCGGCAGUUUGAUUACGACAAGGAUGAUGUGGGCGAUCGAUGUGACAACUGUCCUUACGACCACAACCCAGCGCAGAUCGACACGGACGGCGAUGGCGAAGGUGACGCCUGCUCGGUUGACAUCGAUGGAGACGAUAUCCUGAAUGAGAAUGACAACUGCCCUACUGUUUAUAACACCGAUCAGAGGGACACUGAUCAGGAUGGGGUUGGAGACAUGUGUGAUAACUGUCCCCUUAUGCAUAACCCUGACCAGGAAGACUCCGAUUCUGACCUCGUGGGUGAUCAGUGUGAUGACAAUCAGGACAUCGAUGAGGAUGGACACCAGAACAACCUGGACAACUGCCCAUAUGUCGCCAAUUCUAACCAGGCUGACCACGACAAGGAUGGGCAAGGAGAUGCCUGUGACCCUGACGAUGACAAUGAUGGCAUCCCUGAUGGGAGGGACAACUGUCGUCUUGUCCCCAACCCUGACCAACUCGACGCUGAUGGUGAUGGCAGGGGGGAUGCGUGUAAGGAUGACUUUGACAACGACAGCAUCCCGGACAUUUACGAUGUGUGUCCUGAGAACAGUGCCAUUAGCCAGACUGACCUGAGGAAAUUCCAGAUGGUUCACCUUGACCCGAAGGGAACAACGCAGAUCGAUCCGAACUGGGUGGUGCGUAACCAAGGCAAGGAGCUGCUACAGACAGCCAACUCUGACCCAGGCCUGGCUGUUGGCUUCGACAAGUUCAACGCUAUCGACUUCAGCGGCACCUUCUACGUCAACACGGACCGCGAUGAUGACUACGCCGGGUUUGUGUUCGGUUACCAGUCCAGCAGCCGGUUUUACGUGGUGAUGUGGAAGCAGGUCACACAGACCUACUGGGAGGAGAAGCCAUCCAGGGCUCACGGUUACGCUGGCGUUUCCCUGAAGGUGGUGAACUCCACCACGGGUCGCGGAGAGCACCUGCGUAAUGCGCUGUGGCACACCGGCAACACCCCCGGCCAGGUUCGAACAUUAUGGCAUGAUCCCAAGAAUAUCGGCUGGAAGGAUUAUACCGCCUACAGGUGGCACUUAAUCCACCGACCCAAGACAGGCUUCAUCAGAGUGGUGGUGUACGAAGGAAAGCAGAUCAUGGCUGACUCUGGCCCUAUCUAUGACAAGACGUUAGCUGGUGGACGACUAGGGCUCUUUGUCUUCUCCCAAGAGGCCCUGUACUUCUCUGACCUCAAGUACGAGUGUCGAGAUAACAACUAAGCACCUGUUGGCGGCACAUGGCAAGGAAUCCCUGGACAAGCUGUGCCGCCCCGUCACCUCAAUCAGACUGGGAGUCCCUUUUUUUUCCCCACCCACCCAUCCCUCCUGCGCUGUUGUCCUGAGUGUAUCCUUCAACCCACAGCCCCUCCACACCUUUCCCCACAACCCUCCACACCCCCCGCCACACCCCCCCCCACCCUCAGCACACACAACUCCAUUUACCUUCAGCUAGCUGCUCACUCUCGCUCCAUGCACCAGCUCCCUCUGAAUGGCCUGGCAGGAAUGCAGCAAACCCAGAUGUUCCCGACAGGAAGCUGACUGUAUCUCCGACACGUCUUGCAACCAUGACUUUACCUAGAUACAGGGAUUACUGAUCAUUUAACAAACGUAUCGUACUGCAAUAUAAGCCUGUCAUUGCUAUUUUCUAAUAAGGCUGUUUUCAAGGAAACCCACGCAGCAGCCUCUUAUUUUAAGAGAAAAAGAAGGAAGUCUGAUUUAACAAUGUUUAAAAAUGACAUCUUCUGGGAAACAAGAACGAAUUACAAAAAAAAUUUCAAAACACUUUGUUUACAACUUUUUCUAUCACAUUUCAUUGUCUGUAUAUAGAAGCUUUCAGCCAUUUGGUGUUAUUGACAGCACAGCUAUUGCAGUAAUAGCAUACAAAUCCUAUAGACACUGUCUUAUGUACCACUGAAUUGAUUUAAGUGACAUGCUCAGCUGAGUGAAAGCUAUUCUGGGCGGCUGCUUUAGGGACAAAGCAAGCUGCAACCAAUAAUAUAUCGGCUUAGUCUGAAUAUAUGUGGAUGUGUAUCUAUGUAUAUUCUAUAUAUCACAUAUCAUUUUUUUUAAA